AUGUUUCCUGACCAUGCUGACUAUGAUUUCUCUAUAGAAAAAUGUCCAAAACUUAUUGGACUCAAUCGACGAUUGGUUUUAAAAGAUGGUCUUUCAUUUGAGAUUAAAUUAGAAUGUACAUUAUUGCUUGAAUGUCUCGAGUUGUAUCGUAUUAAAAAGACUUUAAGUCUUGAGACACUACUUGAUGAAUUAAAAAUCUUUGAAAAACAGUUUCAUCAGAACGAAAAUGAAUUAUUACUUGAUUUCUGGGCACAAACUAGUCUUUGUUCAGAUGUUAUCUUCGAAAUUACAAAUUUGGCAUCAGUUUUAAAACGUGUUUUUGCAACUGAUAAAAGAUUUAUACGAUAUUGUACUACUUUGAAUGCAGUUGCACGAUCUUCGAGUGCAUAUUAUCGAAAAAUGUUUCCUCUUUAA